AUGGCGAAAACAAAGUUCACAAAGAAGCCGGUUCAAAGUGAGGAUGGUUCAGAGUGGAGAUGUGGAAGCAAGAGAAGAGAAGCGUGGGGAAGAAGAAGAUGGACUAUAGUGGAAGAGAAAGGGAGGCCCAAAGGUGUCGGUCCGAAAUGGCCGGAGACUGCUGGCCAGGACAUGGAUGACUCGAUGAUCCCGAGACCUUAUGGGGUCCAAGAGCGCAUCCGAGACAUCAAGGAGCUGGGAAUUGAGGAGGACGUCAACGACAUCCUCUACUACAUCGAGCUCGGAGACUUCACGAAGCAAGCUCUCCCGGCAUAUAGGGAACCGGCGAUAGAGUUCCUCGCCUCCCUGAAACUCAAGAAGCAUCCUCAGGGAGCAGCUGCUGAGCUCAAGAGAGAUGGGAUGGCUACAUCACCUUCACUCUACUGGGACAAGACCGCAACUGAGCUCCAUGCGCUGUGGAGGAUGAUAAGUUCGAGGUCUUAUCAGAUUUCCAGCAACAAGAGCGGCUGCAUCAAGAACCCGGCGAUACGCUAUGCCCACAAGAGCUGCUUGUACGAGCAAGGCAAGAUCAAGGAGUCUCACUUGGCAAUAGGUAGCUUGAUCACUCCUAUCCUUCUUGCUACAAAAGUCAAGCUCCCGGCCCCUUCUCAUCCACCCAAGUUCAUCGACAUUGCCCACCUGAACAAGACUGGUUCUUGCGUGGAAUGCAUGAUGGGAAGCACAUCUAUCGCUUCGAGCAUCCCUCGUUUGGCAUCUCAAAGAUCCUUCUUCCGAACACCGAUCUUACAAACACCAACAGCCGGGAUGGAAUCCUGUUUCUCCCCUCGGCUGAUCAGUUGUUUAUGGAUGGAGGCGAUGCAACGGUCGGGAAGCAAGGGCGUGAACGAGGAGAGCCUUCCUCAAGGACAAGCGAGUGAGCUUGGUGAGUUCGACUUCAUCCCGUACAACGCGAGUGGAAGCGUCCGCGAUCAUCAAGGCACACGAGCAUAUAGGCAUGCUUCAAAGUCACCAAAAGCAACAAAGGCCGCAUCACCAAGCAAAACCGUGGAGCCAACGUUAAGGAGAAGCAAGCGGAAGAGAAAAACCGGCGCAUCACCACCUCCAACGUCUUCAACAGAGCCAAUCGACCUUGACGAUUGUCCCACACCACCCUACCCUGACAACGAAUAA